AUGUCUAAUUCAGAACAAGGUGUGGGAAGCUCCGUCUUAACCAGUGAGAAGCAGCCAAGUGUCCCAAGUAAUCUUGAGGCAGACAGCAUACCUUCAGAGGAUGAUCAUGAAACCCAAAAAGUGAUCAGUAAAAAAACAGCAUCUGGUGAGGUUUGUUUAAGUGUCGAAGCUGAGGAUAAUAUUUCAACUGAAGUAAAGGAUGAAGGUGAUGUCAAUAAUGAACUGAAAGACAGCGAGGGUAAACCAGAGUGUAAAGUGUCCAGUGAUAAUUUUAUACCUGAACCAGAUAAAUCAGAUGAAGUUCCAAAGAAAUCUAAAAAUCAGUUAAAAAGAGAGAAAAAGAAAGCACUUUGGAAUGAACAAAAGGAAGAAUGGAAGGAAAAGAAGAGGCAGAAGAAACUGGAGAAAGAAAAACAAGAAAUGGAGGAAUUAAAGCAAGGGCAAGAACGACCCCAGUCUCCCGAAGCAGAACUUGGGCCGCACGAGCCCCAGGAGGCGGACUCCGAGCCCCGCACCUACGGGUUCCAGACAGAGAUCGUCACAGUGUUCCAGAAUUCUGGAACACUCACUAUUCUAACGUGA